CGGGCGGGCGGACCGAGGCAUCGGCCCGAGUGCCGGGAGGAGGCAUCGGCAGGCGGAUUUGUCGUUCUCGGCCUCUGGCGCCGCCGCUUCCCGCAGCCGGGGCUCGCAUCCCGCGGCCAUGAGCGGCACCUGAUAAUAUAUCCCUUGGUACUGAGCGUGAGUGAUCAGCCAUGAUCUCAAUGGAAAUUUCUGACCCAUUUCUCUCCCUCCUUUUUCCACACCUCCUUCCACCAUUCUCUCUUUCUGUUCUCUAUUGUCCCCUGCCCUCCCCUGUUAAACUCUUUCAUUUUCCACCCUCUCACUUACCCCCUCCCUUCGCCUUGUUCUCUCUUUUUCCUUGGCCCCACUUCUCGUUGCCUUUCCUUCCAUCUCUCCCUGCCCUCCCCCACCUCUCCCUUCUCACUGCCCCUACCCCUCUUGCUGCUGCUCUACAGGUUGGCCGUGCUGUAUGAGUGGUAAUUGAGUAGAGCUGACGAUGGCGAGUUGUGAGUCUCUCAGCAGCCCGGUGGUUCGACAGAUUGACAAGCAGUUCCUUGUCUGCAGCAUCUGUCUUGAUCGCUACAACAACCCCAAAGUGCUGCCCUGCCUGCACACCUUCUGUGAGAGGUGUCUUCAGAAUUACAUACCUCCACAGAGUCUGAGCUUGUCCUGCCCCGUGUGCCGACAGACAUCUAUCCUCCCCGAGAAGGGGGUGGCUGCCCUCCAGAACAACUUUUUCAUCAGUAAUCUGAUGGAGGUACUUCAGCGAGAUCCGUCCUGCAACCGAGAGGAGGCGUCCAUGAAAGCAACAGUGGGGGCUGUCUCUGGGCACUCUCUUUCCUGCCCCAACCACGAGGGCAAGGUGAUGGAGUUUUACUGUGGCCCCUGUGAGACGGCCAUGUGCGGGGAGUGUACCGAGGGUGAACACCGUGAGCACCGCACCGUGCCGCUCAAGGAUGUGGUGGAGCAGCAUAAGGCAGCACUUCACAAGCAACUGGACACCAUCAAGAGCCGGCUCCCCCAGCUGAACGCGGCCAUCGAGUUGAUUGAUGGGAUCUGCCGGCAGCUGACGGUGAACAAGGACGAGGCAGUGGGGCAAGUGAGCCGAACCUUCGAGGAGCUGGAACAGACUCUGCAGCAACGCAAGGCUGGCCUGGUGCAGGGCUUGGAGAGUGUCUGCAGCAGCAAGCAGGAGGUUCUCCGGAGGCAGCUGCAGCAGUUGAUUCAAGGCCGGGAGCAGAUCCGGAGUAGUUCCGAGUUUACAGAGCAGGCUCUCAGCCAGGGAACUGAGGCUGAGGUGCUCCUUGUGAAGAAGCAGAUGAAUGAAACACUGAGAGAGCUUGCUGAGCAGGAGUUCCCUCUGCACCCUCAGGAGAAUGAACACCUCGAGUGCGUGGUGGAGACGGAGGCAGUACGACGUUCCUUGCAGAACCUGGGUGCCCUGCUCACCACCAGCGCGGUAGCCCGGCAAACAGUGGCCUCGGGUGAGGGACUGCGCAACACAGUGGUGGGCCAGCCCACUACGGUCACCAUCACCACCAAGGACAAAGAUGGUGAGCUGGUGAAGACGGGCAGUGCGGACGUCCGGGCACAGAUCACUGCUCCAGACAGUAGCACGGCUGAGGGUGAGAUCGUGGAUAACCGGAAUGGCACCUAUGACCUGCUCUACACCCUGAGGUCAGAGGGGGACCACACACUAUCCAUCACCCUGUAUGGACAACCGGUCAGGGGCAGCCCCUUCCGAGUCCGUGCUGCCAAAUCCUCUGAGGUGGUGCAGUCGCCGGAUGAUGUCAGACGCAGAGUGAAGUCCCCGGGCAGCGGCCACAUUCGGCAAAAGGCUGUCCGACGCCCAGCCAGCAUGUAUGGCACCGGUAAGAGGAAGGACAAUCCCAUUGAGGACGAACUGAUCUUCCGUGUGGGGAGCAGAGGUCGGGAGAAGGGAGAGUUCACCAACCUGCAGGGAAUUUCUGCCUCGGGAAACAACCGCAUUGUGGUUGCCGAUAGCAACAACCAAUGUAUCCAGAUAUUCUCCAACGAUGGACAGUUCAAACUGCGCUUCGGGGUGCGGGGACGUUCUCCAGGCCAACUCCAGCGUCCAACUGGCGUGACCAUUGACCCUAAUGGUGACAUCAUUGUGGCCGAUUAUGACAACCGAUGGGUCAGCACCUUCACUCCUGAUGGCAAGUUCAAGAGUAAGAUCGGCGCGGGGAAGCUGUUGGGUCCGAAGGGUGUGGCAGUAGACCGGAACGGCCACCUGAUUGUGGUUGAUAACAAAGCGUGUAGUGUCUUCAUCUUCCAGUCCAACGGGAAGCUGGUGACGCGGUUCGGGGCUCGAGGCACUGCAGACAGACAGUUUGCAGGUACACUGGAUGGACCACACUUUGUUGCUGUCAACAAUAGGAAUGAGAUCCUGGUGACUGAUUUCCACAACCACUCCGUCAAGGUUUAUAAUUCAGACGGUGAAUUCCUCUUCAAGUUUGGGUCGCAUGGUGAGGGGAAUGGACAGUUCAACGCCCCGACUGGAGUGGCUGUGGAUGCCAACGGGAACAUCAUUGUAGCUGAUUGGGGCAACAGCCGAAUACAGGUAUUUGACAGCUCGGGAUCUUUCCUCUCGUACAUUAACACGGCCGCGGACCCUCUGUAUGGCCCCCAGGGACUGGCUUUGACAUCUGAUGGACACGUAGCUGUGGCUGAUUCGGGCAAUCACUGCUUCAAGGUUUAUCGAUACCUGCAGUGAAUGAGGCGUAGUGACUGGCCAGGGCAGCCUGAGCUCAGGACCUGUGUGAUUGUAAAUAUCAUGGAGUCCAGCAGUGAUACGCCACUGGAGAAGAGACCACAGAUACCAGCGACUGCUAUUUACCCCGCAUCCAUGUACAGUGGGCUGGAUGCUGUCUGGAGAUUAGCCAGGUCCUGACCAUAAUUGCAUCACAGGACUGUGUGACCACUCACUGGAGCCACUAAAUGUACAAUGUUUCUGGGGACAAAGGAAAGACACGACACAGUGACGUCCCACUGGCCCAUUCCCAGUGUGCGACUGACCUCCAUUGAGGGUCAGUGUGUGUGUGUGUGGGACCGACCCCCAGUGAGGGUCAGUGCAUGUAUGUGUGAGGCCGACCCCCAGUGAGGGUCAGUGCGUGUGUAUGGGACCAGCCCCCAGUGAGGGUCAGUUUGAACGUGGGACCGUCCCCCAGUGAGAGUGUGUGUGUGUGUGUGUUGUUUGUCUUGUCCUAAUGUUGGGUCACUGUCAUGAGGUGGGAAGAAGGCUUAUUUCAUGAUAUAUCUGGAGGAGGAAGCUUUGGUCAGUGGCCUGGGGUCGUCAUUUCUCUGCCCACCCUGGCCGUCUGCAGACCUUCAUCUGAGGGAUCCCCUGUUUCACCUUCCAUCAGUAUCAUUCACCGCCUCCCUGUCACUGUAGCUCUGAUCUCUCUUUCUCUCUCUCUCAGCUCUGAUCUCUCUCUCAGCUCUGAUCUCUCUCUCUCUCAGCUCUGAUCUCUCUCUCUCUCAGCUCUGAUCUCUCUCUCUCUCAGCUCUGAUCUCUCUCUCUC